AAAGCACCUAAUUGAUAAGCUAUUAUUGGUCUCACAUGAAUCAAAUACUACACGACAUUACAUCAAAAGAAGUGGAAGUGGAAGUGGAAGUGGAACUAACUAUCUAUCUACUAUCAGGUAUCAGGUGCUAAAGAGUAAAAACAGCAUGGGAGACGAAGUGGUAGAAAGCAGAGAAUGGUACUUAGCUGGAUAUUCCACUGAAGGUGUUCCAACCUCAGAUCAUCUUAAACUCCGUACUGUGUCUCUUUCUCUUGCCGAUGAUUCAAUCCCUGAUAAUCAUCUAGCAGUUGAAACUCUCCUUCUUUCCGUUGACCCUUAUCUUCGUGGAAGAAUCACUGGUACCUCAGAAGGCCUUUUCAUUUCACAAUAUCAACUUAAUCAGGUCAUUACAGUAUUUGCAGUUGUAAGAGUGAUUAGAUCCAAGGAUAGUAAAUACAGUGAGGGGGAUAUUCUUUUGAAUCCAAAUGCUCCUGUUGCUGAAUAUAGUAUUGUACCUUCUUCUCAAAUAACUAGAAAAAUUGAUACUUCAAAUGGGAUUUCUUUGUCUGAUUAUCUUGGUUCUUUAGGAGUACCGGGGUUUGCAGCAUGGGUGGGAAUAGAGGUACUAGCAGAUCCAAAGCCAGGAUCAAAUGUGUUCAUAUCUGCUGCAUCUGGUGCUGUCGGUAUAAAUGCUGGCCAGCUGGCUAAGAUCCGAGGAUGUAGGGUCAUCGGCAGCACUGGCUCUGAUGAUAAGGUGAAGCUUAUUAAAGAGGAAUUUGGAUAUGACGACGGAUUCAACUACAAUAAGGAAUCAGACUUUGAUGCCGCUUUAAGCAAGUAUUUUCCUGAUGGUAUCGAUGUUUACUUUGACAACGUUGGUGGUGAAAUGCUUGAAGCUGUACUUAACCAUGUCAACAAGCAUGCUAGAAUACCUCUUUGUGGAAUGAUAUCUCAAUAUAACAAGGUUUGGACCGAAAGAGAAGGUGUUAGGAAUCUUCUGAAUAUGGUGGGAAAGCAGGUGAGGAUGGAGGGUUUUAUGCUAGAAUCAUACUGGCAUCGUUUUGGAGAUUUUGCUAAAGAUAUGGAAAAAUACUUGCAAGAAGGCAAGGUUAAGUCAAAGAAUAAAAUAAAUAUCGGAAUUGAGGGAUUUCUGGAGAGCUUGAACUCUUUAUUCUCUAGCUCCAACAUUGGAAAAGUUGUUGUUCAAGUUAAGGCAUAGUGUCCAAAUACUAUAUAUGCUUGAUCAUAAUCAUGUAUUAUUUGCGCAGAGUGUAUGUUUUAACCAUAUAUUUUUCAUCUUUUGGUCUUCUGUUUCAAACUUUUCUGGAUAUGUAAAAGAUAUUCAUGUGAAUGUAAUAAUAUUUAAGAUUAUUUUGCAGGGA